CUCGCACCCCGCCGGUGCCGAGUGCGCCGUGCCACCGCCGCCGGGAGGAAAUGGGAAGCCAGUGAGCGGAUCCGUGCCGGUGCCGGCGCCCGCGAUGACCCUGGUGCUGCCCAUGCAGCGGCUGGGCCGCCCCAUCGCCGCCGAGGGAGCCGCCGACCUCGCCGCCUACCGCGCCCUCUGGGAGCCGCCCUGCUGCGGCCGCCCCGGCCCCGCAGCCCCGCCGACCCCGGCCCCGGCCCCAACCCCGGCGGCCCCCGGGCCCCCCGCCGCAGGAUCACAUUACAGGGGAAUUUCAAAUCCUGUAACAACAUCCAAGAUCACAUACUUUAAAAGGAAAUAUGUGGAAGAAGAGGAUUUUCAUCCGCCACUCAGCAGCUGUACACAUAAAACAAUCUCCGUGUUUGAGGAGCGGGCCCAUAUUCUCUACAUGUCUUUGGAAAAGCUGAAAUUCAUUGAUGAUCCUGAAGUCUACCUGCGUAGAUCCGUCCUCAUCAACAAUCUCAUGAAGAGAAUCCAUGGAGAGAUCAUCAUGCAGAACAACUGGUGCUUCUCCACCUGCUCCUUCAGUGGCACCUCCUCACAAGAGUGGUUUGUGCCUCAGGACUGUCCAUACAGAAAACGCCUUCGGAUGGCAAAGGAGGAGUACGAGAAGCUCCACAUGUGCUGCUUCUAUCAAGAAUGUGGCAGUCACUAUUUAAAUCUACCCUACUCUGUUAAUGCUAGUACAGAAAGUAAUUCCUCUUCUUCCUCCUCCUGCUCUUCCCCCCCAGCCUCCUCCUCCUCCUCCUCCUCCUCCCCUCCCAUCUCUUUGCCGAGCUGUUCCCAGCAGGUGGAUUAUGAAGUUGGCAGCACACCUUCUUACAGAAAUGAUGACCAGAUACCUGCUAAUGAAAUAUUCAUCACUAAUGGCAGGUCUCACAGUAAUCAGGAAAAGGCAAAAUUUAAUGACAAGAAUGGAGGUAAUGAACCUGAGAGAGAAAGCAUCACCCUAAACUGUGAAACUGUAAGAGGCACCCAUGCUCUUGAAUGUAAAGGCAAAUUUUAUGACUAUUUUGAGACUGGAUGUAAUGACAAGAGCAACAUAAGUGAAUCUUGGAAAAAAUCCUUAAGGAAAAAGGAAUCUUUACCAAGUAAUAAAAUCUGCUGCAACAAAGGAAGUAAAAUCUGAGGCAUCUUUCUUGCUCUAUUGAAGCAUGCACAGCAUGAUCCUUCUCUAUCAAAUUUUUAUUUUGAAUGGAUUUUUUAUAGUUUUCUACGAAUGGUACAAUCAUGCCACAAACGUGACGUAUAGAGUGGAGAUCAGAUCGCGUAAAGUGUCUCUGCCAUUCGCAUCAGCAGCUAUUUAUAAAUGUGGAGACUUCAGAAAGAACACAGUAGCAUUACUGCUGAGCACUGUAGUCUGUGCAGCUAUGGUGGAGCUUUCGUUGCUGGAAAUGCCAAUCAGCCAGAUGGGGAAAACAUAUCGUUUUACAUAUCCCCGCCCCCAAGAAGUCUGCCAUUAAUUAAGAAGAACCUCCAUUAUGUUUACCAAGGAAUUAGAAGUCUGGUAAACAAAUUGAUGCUACCAGCAAGGAUGAUAUGCUCCUUGGAACUCAGUAUUCAUUCUGAAAAAGGACUGUCUUCAUGGAUUGGGAAUAAACCAUCCUUACAUUUUGUAGUGAUACUCUUGAAUUCCUGUAAUUCAGCAUCUUGUUCAACUGACAAAAUAGGACAUAGCAUAAAGAAAUAACCUGUUUAUGGAAUCUUAAUCAGAAUCAAACAUGCAGUUCAAGUACUUGCAUGUUUUCACCUCAGCUGUAAUAACUAAUGAGGUUUGUUGUUACACAGGGCAGGUUUUUUUUUGGUGCCUUACUUUUUGUCUUAAUUUUUGCCAGUGUGAAAAUUAAGUAUGAAUCUGAUACAGCAGGGAUUUAACCUAAACAGAGAUUAAAAAAGAAACCCACAGGGUGGAUCAAUAUUAUUAGAAACCUUUAACCUUUGAAGUACUGAGUUCAACUUCCUAUUCAAACAUCUCUGUUCUUCCUUUUUGAUGCUCAAUUGCUUUUUGAUUUGCCAUCCUUAGGAAGGGAUUUAAGAAACAAUAGAGAGAUGUCUCUUGUAAACAAGCAUUCGAUGCUUGAGUGUUUCUAUGGCAACUGUCUGUUGCUGGGGCUCUUUUUUUUUUUCUUCUUUGUAUAAUGAAGUUCAUGACCCAGUGGCAUGUUUUAUACUUUAUUCUGUUUCACAUAGUUUCUCUAUUUUAGAUUGCAAAAGCAUGCGGGAGUUUUCUAUGAAUUUUGCCGUUGAUUUAAAAAAAGACAAGAAGGCAAAAAGCACAAUGUUAAUUAAUAAUGUGGCGAUAAACACAGUUUUAUCUGAAUGAAUGUAAGGGGUUUAAUUUUAAAAAAGAACAUUUUGGAGAUUUCAGUGGCUGAGGACAACAUUUAGUCAUCCCUAGGUAGAUAGAUUGCAAAAGUGUUCAGUGUAAAAUGCCCAGAAGACAUUAGUUGGGGUUGGACCAAGAGUGAGUCUUAGAUUCACCAAAUUAAUUAGUUCCCACAGUCCCCAUAACAACUGGCAGGAUGUACUCAGCAAAAAGCAACAUCCAGGCCACAGCUGACUCAUAAAUAGCUGCCUGUUCCCACAACAUCUUGCACUCAAGUGAUAUCUCUGCUUGCUUCUUGCCCAAAGGAUGAAAAUCACCUCUGUGCUGGGGAAGCAGCCAGCUCAGUGCAGGGCAUGAGUGUCCCCUAGGGGACACAGCCCCAGGCUUGGCACUGGAGUCAGACAGGUCUCUGGAUCUGAGAUCUCCUGCUUUGGGUUUCAUCGGUUCAGCGGGAGGAGUCCUGGGCAUUGGUUAAUUUGGGUAGUAAAAUACAUUUGCAAAGUGUAGUCUUUUUCAGAAAGCCCAAUGGUCACAAGAAAAAGCUACCCCCAGCCAAGGUGACCACAAACACAGCAGGAUAUAAAUCACUGAUAACCUUUAUGAAGUCAGGUGAGUUUAAACUGAUAAGUUUGUGAGGGUUAUCAUUGUGAAAAAUGACAAAUAAAGAAAGUACAAGUCCCACCUGAUUUCUCCAAGACAGGAGCUUUUUUAUUAAUAAUAAUAAUAUUAAAUAUAGAUCUCAUUCAUACAGUGUAUGAGUAGGAUCAUCAUUUAGACAUUUGUCCACAAGGACCAAUUUUUUUAAAAAACCUGAUUUUUCUUGUGUUAUAUCCUGAUAGUCUAGUAAUGUCUGCUCUUUUCCAAUAUUUGAUAAACGCUUGAUGUUUUAAGCUUAAAUAUUAGAUGCUUGUAUACUAAUGUGUUGUUGUAGUAAAGUGAAAUUUCCUUGAUAUAUAUUUAUUAAAAUGACCAAAAUUCAUUUUAAUUUUA